GUCAAAUUCAAGAUGGAUGGAAUCACAGCGGCAGCGGCGGCUGCGGCGCGCGCGAGCCGAGUGUGAGCGGAAAGGGGCCCGGUGCCUGCCUCGGGGCUGAAGACCGACGAGCGCGCGCCAUGGAGGGACUCCUGCAUUACAUCAACCCGGCGCACGCCAUCUCCCUCCUCAGCGCGCUCAACGAGGAGCGCCUCAAAGGGCAGCUGUGCGACGUGCUUCUGAUCGUGGGGGACCAGAAGUUUCGUGCUCAUAAAAACGUCUUGGCCGCCAGCAGUGAAUACUUCCAGAGUUUAUUCACAAAUAAGGAGAACGAGUCACAGACUGUAUUCCAGCUUGACUUUUGUGAGCCAGAUGCUUUUGACAAUGUUUUGAACUACAUCUAUUCGUCAUCUUUGUUUGUUGAGAAAAGCAGCCUUGCCGCCGUGCAAGAACUGGGCUACAGCCUUGGGAUUUCCUUUCUGACUAACAUCGCCUCCAAGAGCCCCCAGGCCCCCUUCCCCGCGUGUCCCAGCAGAAGGAAGGCGCUCGCGGAGGAGGAUGAGAACAGCUCUCAGAAGAGGAGCGUCAUAGUGUGCCAGGGCCGAAGCGAGGCGCAGGGAAAGCCCGCCAGCCUGGGGCAGCCCGACCUCAGCCACGCCUCCCGGCCCUUCGCGGGGAAGGCGGGCGGCGGGAAGCCCCCCGGCCCGAAGCCCGCCGAGCCGCUGCACGGCGCGGCGCUGCCUGACAAGAGCCGGCCGAAGGACGGCCCCGCAGGCCCGGCCCAGCCCCCGGAGCACGCCGGCUCUUCGGAGGAGCCGCCCCGCAGCGGCCCGGCCAAACGGACCGCGGCGCUGCCUCCCAAGCCUCUGCCGGACCGGGAGGCGCUGGACGAUAAGCCGGCCGCCGGGGCGCCGCUCCCCAAAGGCAGAGCCAUAGAGCUGGCCCUCAGGAGGCCGCGGCCGCCCGUCCUGUCUCUGCGGGGCUCGCCUGAGACGCCCUACCUGCUGAAGGAAACCAGCAAAGGGGGCGGCCCGGGCGAGGAUCGGAACUUGCUGUAUUACUCGAAGCUGGGGCUGGUGAUCCCGUCCGGCGGGCCGGGCCCCGGGAACCAGAGCAUCGACCGGAGCGGCCCGCUGGUGAAGAGCCUGCUGCGGCGGUCCCUGUCGAUGGACAGCCAGGUUCCCGUGUACGCGGCCUCGGUAGACUUGAAGUCUCCCCUGGGACCCUCUUCGGUGGCCGGCGACGCAGCAGGGAACGCGCUCGGUGCGUUAUCUCAAAAGGCUUCAGUGAAAGAAUGCAACGAGAGGGCGGCCCCGGACGACCGGCCGGCCCCGCAGCCGCACCGCCUCCGGUCCUUCAGCGCCUCCCAGCCGGCCGCGCGGGAGGGCGCGCCCCCCGCCGUGGAGGUGCGGGUGAAGGCCGAGCCGCACAGCCCCCCCGAGCCCUCCGACAUCAUCCGUGUCACCGUGGGGGACGCCUCGGCCGCCUCUGCCGGCGCUAGGGACCUAGCUCUGAAGACAGAGGACGACCCAAAGGACAUGAGCCGGCUCCCGGCGAAGAGGAGGUUCCAGGCGGACCGGAGGCUGCCGGUCAAGAAGCUGAAGGCGGACGAGCACGGGUCUCCGGGGCCGGAAGACCAUUUUGAGGCAGGCGCCAGCCCCACUCUCCUCCAGGCCGACUUCCCAGAUUCGGACUUGAAUAGGGACGAAUUUGGUGAGUUGGAGGGAACAAGACCAAACAAAAAAUUUAAAUGCAAACAUUGCCUUAAGAUCUUUAGAUCCACAGCAGGUCUGCACCGGCACAUUAACAUGUACCAUAACCCCGAAAAGCCCUACGCUUGCGACAUCUGUCACAAGCGGUUUCACACCAACUUCAAAGUGUGGACACACUGUCAGACCCAGCACGGCAUAGUGAAGAACCCGUCUCCAGCCUCUAGUUCACAUGCCGUUUUGGAUGAAAAAUUCCAAAGAAAGCUGAUUGACAUAGUGAGGGAGCGAGAGAUUAAGAAGGCCCUGAUCAUUAAGCUCAGGCGCGGGAAGCCUGGCUUCCAGGGCCAGACUAGUUCCCAAGCACAAGUCAUCAAGAGGAACUUGCGAUCCCGAGCCAAAGGAGCGUACAUUUGUACGUACUGUGGAAAAGCCUAUCGCUUCCUCUCUCAGUUCAAACAGCACAUAAAGAUGCACCCGGGAGAAAAGCCCCUUGGAGUAAACAGAGCCGCUAAGCCGAAGGAGCGCGCCGCUCCCGAGAGCCCCGUAGGGAGCUCGGAGGUUUACCAGUGCCGCCUCUGUAACGCUAAGCUCUCUUCUCUUCUAGAACAAGGGAACCACGAGCGCUUGUGCCGAAACGCCACCGUUUGCCCUUACUGCAGCCUUAGGUUUUUUUCGCCCGAGCUCAAGCACGAGCACGAGGGUAAGUGUGAGUACAAGAAGCUGACGUGCCUGGAGUGCAUGCGCACUUUCAAGUCCUCCUUCAGCAUCUGGCGGCACCAGGUGGAGGUGCACAACCAGAACACCAUGGCGCCGGCCGAGGACCUCUCCCUGCCCGCGCUGGACCACAACGGCGAGGUGAGCGGCCCCGCCAGGCCCCAGGCCCAGGCCGAGCCCAGCAAAGCCAACCACGCGCCCGCCGCCAAAGACGACAACGCGUUCAGCGACUGCUCGGAGCAAGUCAACUUCGACUCGGAGGACUCCUCCUGCCUCCCCGAAGACCUCAGCCUCUCCAGGCAGCUGAAGAUCCAGGUCAAAGAGGAGCCGGUGGAGGAGGCUGAGGAGGAGGCGGCGCCCGAGGCCAGCGCCGCCCCCAAGGAGGCGGCCCCCGGCCAGGACUCCGGCCUGUGGCCCUGCGAGAAGUGCGGCAAGACGUUCCCUGCGCACAAGCAGCUGGAGCGGCACCAGGAGCUCCUGUGCUCCGUGAAGCCCUUCAUCUGCCACGUGUGCAACAAAGCUUUUCGCACCAACUUUCGGCUCUGGAGUCACUUCCAGUCCCACAUGUCUCAGGCCACGGAGGACCCGGCGCACAAGGACUCUGAGCUGUGCCCCGUCCCCACCAACUCCCCGUCGCCGCCCCCGCUGCCCCCGCCCCCGCCGCUGCCCAAGAUCCAGCCCCUGGAGCCCGACAGCCCCACCGGCCUGUCCGAAAACCCCGCUCCCGCCACCGAGAAACUGUUUGUGCCCCAGGAAUCGGACACGCUCUUUUACCACGCACCCCCCCUCUCCGCCAUCACGUUUAAGAGGCAGUUUAUGUGCAAACUUUGCCACAGGACAUUCAAGACGGCGUUUAGUCUCUGGAGUCACGAACAAACCCACAAUUAGAAGACCGUCCCCCCUCACCCGUUAGGAGCUGGGAGCCGGUCUCCAGAUUUCAGCCCGAAUUGUGAACUGUGUCAUAAGAAACAAAAUAUUUUUGAAAAAGAAUAAUAAAAGUUGGAAAUUGUUAUGCUUGAAUAUAAGUUUGAGGUAAACUGAUAUUAAUUUGUAAUGUCCUUACUCAACCUAGAAAAAAAUUAAAAAAUAUUGUGCUUCUGGACCUUACAGUCACAGGAUGAUUUGACUUCAUUGAUGUUGAAAUUUGUUCUUGGUUGUUUGCAUGGUUCCUCACUCCAUGGUGUCAGUAUAAUCUUUUACUUGAGGUGGUUUGUUUUUUCCACUGGUUUGCAAUUAGAGAAACACUGUGACAGUGUUUCUUCUUUUAAUUAUAUUAAGACACCUAAGUUCUAGUUAAAUCUUAGCCAUGUUCUUAAGUCAAACAUGUCAGAACGAAGUGGAGUAGUUUGCAGUAUUGAUUAAAAUCUUUGAGUCCUUCAGCAAUAAAAAAAAAAGUGAUAAACCUCAACUUUAAUAAGUUAUCCUGACACUUGAUAAAAAUAAAUAUUUGGUAUUUUGUGGUCAUGUAGAACUCUUUUUUUGUAUGAAAAUUGUGAGAAAUUUAAAUCAGCAAUAGUAAUACUUAGAUUUUUAUAAAAUAACAAAAAACUGGCUCUUGGGUCAUUUCUUAUAAUUAGUGACUGAAGACUUGGGGAAUGAAAACAGUAGGAUUUCCGGAAGCCCCUGUACGUCAGUUUCCAAAUCCCCGGCAGCGGCGGGCUCCCUGGGCACAGCGGUCUAGGCUCUGAAUUCAUACCAGCACUGAAGGGCUGUGCGUGUUUGCUCCCCCCAGUCUGUGCUGUCCCAGAUUGAAAAUCUGAGUGUACUGGGGGCAAAAUACAAAGGUAGCACAUGGCACUAAUAACAACAUUAGUGUAACAAGGUUGGGAUAAAGAUUUACGUAGCGCCCAGGCCCCCCGGAGUGAGUACAGCUGCUCUGAAUCCCAAAGUACCUUUUGCUUCCUGGGACUUGAAGCAGAGGGAGAAACCACACUGCAUUCUCCACAUGCUCUUCAAGAACAAUAUUUACGGUCAUCAGUUUUCCUGCCUCUUUGCCCUGUGAUUUCUGUUAGAAUUUUUUGGAGUUUAUCGUGGUAGAACGUUCACAGUGAAACCAUUCUGCUUUAAGUCAUUGCUGAAUAUUUCAUACAUAUGUAUUAAAGCACUCUCAAGGGUCCAAAAGUCAUUUUUGCUAUUUAUUUUGGCCCAUAGGGUCUGGGGUUUUUUUUUUUCCUGUUUUGUGUAGGUUGUAAUUCAAAGCCUUUCAGUAGGUGUAAUCCAAAGUUCAGUGGGGUGUUUCAAAAGGAAAAAAAAUCACUGCACUGGUAGGGAGGUUAGAUACGUAAAGUAGAAAUACUGCCGAAGCCCCUGACUCCUUUUAAGGCCGUGAUGGAGUAAGCCUCCAAGUUUACUGAAUUCUUUUUUUCUUUUUCCGCAAGCUAUUUCAAAUAACAAAGUCAACUUCUGUGAGUAAGAAAUACUCUGCUGCGUACGUGGAUCUGCACUGUGGCAGGAAGCACCCUGUCCUCACCCACACGGCCCCGCGCUCCGGACAGGUGGUAGGAAAGGUACUCUCACUUUCUUGUCGAAGCACAAGCAUUCUUACACAUUUCUAAUUGGCUUUGAAAUCUUGCCUUUUAUUCUUUCAUUUGGAAACUAUCAGAAGUCCCCAGAUGUUCGCGUGGUCCUCUUUUUGUUCUUAAAUUUGAUAGAAAAAUUAAAAUUAAGUUGCAGUUGUCAUUGAUUACCAUCUUUACAUUUUCUUGAAGAAAUCUAUGCAUUUUAAAGACAAAACUAAAGCAUAUGAUUUUAUGUGAAUUCUUACUCUGAACACCCUGGGAGCUGUAACUUCAGAAGAAGAUAGUUUCCUUCAGAGUAGUCAUUACUUAUUAGUAAUUCCGUGAUACGCAGGAUGCUGGCACUGUAAAUUCAGCAUCCCAGGAACUGAACCUUUAUGCUACAUUUUUGAAGAUUUUUAAUAACAUUAAUUAGUACAGAAAGUAUUUUUGAUCUAAAUAUAGGCUCUGCAUAUCUGUUAGAUUUUAAAAAUUGCCAGUGUUUUGUCUUGUUCACGUUUUUGUCUAGGCAAGGAACAUAAGAUUUCAAAUAAAAUUUUGAACCAAAAACAUUUAUAAUGCAGUUCUGGUUUUUCUAUUACUUUUUAUACUGUACCUUAAAAGCGUUAAGCUGAAAGUUUAUUUUGGUGGUCAAAAAAUAUGCUUCCACUCAUUCAACUAUUUUAAACGUUAAGAUGUAAACUAUGAAAUAAUGAAAGACAUGUUAAUUACUUCAUUCAGUAAACAGGUUUUUUUAAGAAUGUUUAUCUCAGCCAGUGGGCAAAUACUUGGCUUAAGACAGGUUGGUCUUUUCUUGCUGAAACGUAUUAGCUAGUAAAGGAUAUUCUUGAAAAUGUUUUUUUCUGAUUGUAAUUAAUUUUUGAAAAUGUAGAAAGGCCAUUAUUCCUUGUAAGUAUUCAGGGUGCCUGCUUUUUUAUGCAGUUGUGGAAAGAAUGUCAGAUGUUUUAAUAUAUUCUUUGUUAACCUGAAAACUUGCUGUUGAAUCCUUUCCUUCGUGGGGGAGGGAGGAACACCACAAAAAGUGUGUGUUUUUCAAAGUAAGCAAUGGAAGUAACAGUGUGCAUUUUUAUAGUAAUAUUUAAAUUAAUAUUAGAGGUAAUAGAACAUUCACCUUAAAGCUAGUUACGGUUAGUAUAUACGUUUACAAUUUUGUUAAAAUAUUCAACUAACAAUUUGAUAGUGAUGCUGUUUGCAUUUGUGGGGAGAUGGAUGCGAUUCUUGGUUUUCUGUUUUAGAACAGAUCAUCAUAGCCUUCUCUUAAAAAAUACGUCCCAGCGCCUAAUCGGUGAGCAUCUGCACCCACUGGUGCUGAGAGUAGAAACCAAGACAGGAUUAACAUAUGCCCUUUGGUGGAGGUGAGAGAUGUCUUCAGGCCAACUGGGCGGUCGGGUGAGGAGGAGACGGGUGGGCUGAUCCAAGUCGGCCUUUGUUCCCUCAGACUGUGUGUGUGUGUGUGUGUGUGUGUGUGUGUGAGCGCGCGCGUGUGUAUGUACUACCUGAAUCUGGAACUUCAGCAAGUAAAAUUAUCUUAAUUUUCUUACUACAAAAAUACUUAGAUGCCACUCAUAACCUGUUUCUUUAUAAAUUGCACUAAUUAAUACUGGAAUAUUAUGAGUCAGCUUCCCAAUUUCUGAUGUCUCAUUGAUGUUUUUUGCAAUAAUUGUGAAAAGCAUUAUUGAUGUAAAUAAUGCUAACACGUAUUCUUUAAUAAGUUCUUUAACACUGGCUUUUUUUUUAAGUUUUACAAAUUGGUUUUUCCCUUGUGGCUUUAGCACUUUAAGAUUGGCGUUUGCGUAGUUCUUGGCGAGCCGCUCAGGGCUUCCCGGUGUGUGCCCUAGCCUGCCGCCUUGCCACGUGACUGGGGAGAACCCUCAACGGUCCGUGUUUAGAUUCUGGAGGCGAGGAAAAUGAGUCAAUGUCAGGUUUUUUUCAAAAUUCCAUGUAGAGAGUCAUUUGGGAACCAAAGUAUUUUACUGUAAAUCUUUAAAAUAAUUGAAUUUUAGUCAUUUAGCAGUGCUGCCCAGAUUUUCCACAAAAUUACACUUGGUUAAUACUGAUUUUCAAAAGGUGAUAAUUUCCUGUUGACAUUAAUCCAACGCUGUUUCAGAAUUUUCGUUGAAUAAAUGCUUACUGCUAAAAGAAAAACAAAUGUGGUUUUAUAAUUGUAUUUUGUUGUUAUAUGCCUUAGCAGAGAAAUCACUGUUCAAUUUUAUUUAGGAAUAAGCUUUUUCGGACUAAAAAUUCAUAGUAAAAUAGGACUUCUAUCUGAUGUUAAUCCAUUGCUUAUUUGUAUCCAAUUGUCUGUUUACUUUGCUUAAAUCUUGACUAAGAUUGAUUGGAGUCAAUAAAUUUGUACUGUAUUUUGUUUUGA